AGAGACAACCUGCCUCCUCACGCUCACCCUUCCUGGAUUCCCUCCAUAACCCAAUGCCGUCUGGUGGAUUCUAUGUAUGCGCCCGCUUCUGAGUAGGAUUAUUGAGUUUUAGUAUGUGUAAACGGGAAUAGUGAAGAAUGAGCAAAAUCAAUUACGUAGUAAGUAUGAUCAUGAACAUGAUCAUGAUGACUUACUUAAUCUAGUAAUUAUUAAUCUGGCGUUUAUCCUGAGUUUCAUGAUUCAUUUGGUUUAUUAUUUUGAACCUGGAAAUGAAUAAUGAAGUUGAAAAGGCUGGGUUGUAUGACAAGGAAGUGAAACUUUCUUCAAAAUCACAAUGUCGCAUGCGAGGCGAGGCUGAUCAGCUGUGCUUCUCUUGUCAACGGCAAUGCUAACGGGGAAACAAGAACGACAUUGAGCGUCCGUAGUUUCGUGUGUUGCGAGUGCUUCUGCGUUGCGCGUUAGAGUUAGACCAAAAAUGCUUUCGAGGAAUCAUGACAACUUCGCCGCCGCGGGAGCUACCCCCUCGGUGAAUCAACUUGACCUUCAACUUAUGAUCGGGAAAAAAUGAAACAUCAAAGUUUUGUAGCAUACUUUUCUGGGUUUUCGAUUGAAACGAAAGCUGCAUUGAUGAUUUUUUAAGCUUGUUUGAAUCCUGCUGUAGUUGUUGCAGAAGUGGAUUAUAUUUCCCAUAACGAUAACAAUAUCAUAGUAUAGGGUCUCGGUCUAUACGAUCACGAUGUAGUAGAUCUCUAAUAGAGUUGUUCUUGGAUGGUGUUGCAAUCGUUAUUUGUUGCAAGCUACUUUAAGUAGUUAUUGUUAUUGUCUUUGUCGUGCAAGUCGUGCUAGAGUCCCAACCUCAUCCCCAAUUAUCCACUUUCAUCGAUACAAGGAGGGGCGGAAAUCUCGAUCAGCACGCGUUUGCUGCUGUUGUAGGCCAUCCAAGAUCGGGGUUUCUAGGACAGCACGCGAAUCGGGAGCAGGCUUGGAGUUGGAUGCCUGGCUAUCCGGGUACAGCAUCUGGUACGCAUCCAAAUGCACAACGUCUUCAAUCUUCACAUGACGUGAAAGAGCACCAAACAUCCACAUCGUACAUGGAGGAGCUACAAACGGGCGUCUCUCCAUCUUCUUCUUCGCAGGUGACCACAAACAUGGAAAGAAAUGGAAAAGCAAAAGCAAGUGCUGGUCUAUAUAGCAAGAGACAGCGAACCGGGUCUGAGCUUGAGAGUAUCUAUCAGAGCAUCUUCACCAGUCAAGCUGUCGAAGCUGGGCAGGAGUCAGAUUCGGAUUCAAGUUACGUCGACGAAACUGAAAAGCAAAGGAGAAAACGCAAAGCCGCGAACAGAGUUAAGACCUGUAAUAAUCUACUUGUUCGACAAAAGAUAUGAAAGUGUUAAUGUAGCAGCACGAUCGUUUCACCAUCACCUACAGUUACUAUCAAAGGCACUAUGAUGCAAGUUGACUCAAAAGAAUAGACUUUGACUUCCUAAUUGGCAACAAUUAUUUCUGACUCCAUCUCUAAGACAAGCAAGAAAAAUACAAGAUCAGCAGGGGGAGCUGCGCUUAAAUCCAGAACUACCAGCAAGAUGAACAAAAAAGCGAGUAAGGAUUCCGCCAUGCCGUCUGCGCCGCCUUCCCUAGAAGGAUUGACUGGGAACAUUAACGGAAGGGGACAAGAAGAUGGUUCGGCUCGUGGUGUCGCCAACACGAUAAGAUCGCCUUCAGGUGGCUCAGAUGAAACGAUGGGAAAUUAUCGGCAGGAGAUGAAUGUUCUCGGAAAUGCCACAGUGUAUGAGGAAAAUACUGGUCCGGAAACUCCAGGCAGUUCGAGCUCCACGAACAUUCAAGGUCAACCAAAACGUCGAGGCCGACCGCGGAAAUAUCCUGUGGGUCACCCUCGAGCGCGAAAUCCUCGGGAUCAUCAAGCUGAGCACGAGGUAGGAUUUUCUGAGUCCUUAUUCUCCUCGUUUCAACAGAUACAAGUACAACAACAAGAGACUGCAGGUCGCGAAUUCGAUUAUUUUGAGGGAACACCUGGUCCGCCUAGAAGUGUCACCACCACGCUACCGUUACCGACUGCUAGAAUUAUAGAACAAAUAGAGCACGAAAAACUACAGCAAAAAAGAGUAUCGCGGCAUGGUGCUCAAAGCGGAGACGGGGAAGCGGAUCAGAAAACUGUUCUUGUCGAAAAACACGGAGACCAGCAGAACCAACAACAAGUAGCAGGAGAACAUCAAGAUGUUGACGGUAUAUCAAAAUCAAUAUCUCGUUUGGAGGAGCCACCUGCUGCAUCUGCCUCAGCUCCUAUCUUUAAGGAAUGAAUAAAGUUGACCUUUUUACGCGCAUAUCCUUGACUUUUCAGGUACUUAGGAAAUUCAUAGGUAUGCGAGAGGAAAAGGUCAAGCUUCAGCCUCUAAUAUCUCCAUGCACUCCGCGACUUCAUCCAUCGCCACGAGAAUCAUGGAGCGGUCGCGAGGCAGGAUCCGUCUUCGAAGCGGCCCAGUCCGGGAAUACGAAGAGGGCCAUCUUCUUCCACACCCACGUCGCGAGCGGGUAGAACAAGUAGGUGAAGAGCAGGUUCGUGAGCAGGUACUAGAACAAGGAGAAUCCGAACAAUAUGCGGCGCAUCAUACGGGAAUUGGUCGCGGAAUGCAAAUUAUGUCACCAAUCGACGAGGAUGAGGAAGAGAAUGCUAAAAGAGAGACGAGUCCUCGUCUCGCUACAGUUGCUCCAGCCGAGGAUGAGGAGGAUGGCACUACAUAUAGUACAAAUAUAAGUCAAGCAAGCCUGCAAGUAGCACUACAGGUAAGAGGAGCAGGAGUUGGUCUUGGCGAAGUUGAAGAAGUAGCAACAGAAAGAAGCACUUUGAUAUCCCACAACAGCCACCAAGGCAACAACAAAAAUGACAAGCAAGAAGAACCUUAUGAAAAGGGUCGCGCGGCUCGUCGUGGUAUUGAACAGACCACAGGUGGAAGAACAAGAAGCUCUAGUGACGAUGCCGAGAAUGAAGCUAGAAUUUCUAUUGACCAGAAGGGAUCACGACCCGCAGAUCUUGGCCGUACUAAUCAGAGUAGAGGUAGUACUACAGGAGAUGCUCUUCAUGUUGAUAAAAAGAGCUACGGUCGUCCUAGAGCUGGUACAACAGCCUUCCGCGCUGCAUCAUCUUCUUCUUCCACGAUGGGGCCUGGCGCUGCAGAAGGCAGCGCUUCCACAAACGAUGAGCCAAAGGCUGCAGUUGCUCCACUGACGAGGAGAACACUUAGACCUGGGUACGAAACAUUUAAGGCUUACUCUCGAUAAUACACCUUUCGAGCUACACCAACAGCUCAUCUCUCUCGUUAUAAUUAUAAGCUGUGGGCUAUCGUCUUUUAUCGUUUGUACGCUUAAAUUUUCUACCUCUAUUUUAAUAUAAACAAAAGUUUUAGAAGAUUAAGAUCAUUAGGUUAGAAGAUGAAUCUAUCGUUAAUCCUUACCUCUAAAACUUCAGGCGUGGUAUUUGACUUAUCCUUUGGACAAAACGGCCUCUCCAUCCAGAACCGGAAAAUGCGCAAUCAGGUCCAGAAAAACGAACAAGGUGGGAGCAAGCAGGCUAGUAGUCAUGCGACGCAGAUGAAAUUGAAAAAUACCGCUGAGGCUGAGGCAAAGACGCUGCUUGGGUAUCGUGAAGAAGACGCUGUGAACAAUUCAAGCAACCGAGCUUCUUCAUCAUCAGUAAACGAUCAUCGUGUAGUUUCCUCAGCGAGAGCCAGAGUAGGUAAAAGUCUACAAACUGGCACUUCCAACAACACUAACUCUACCACUACACCAACUGCUCAUUCUAUGGGAAGUGGGUCGACAACGACAUCCUCGACAAGAAAACGGGAACAAUCGUCAAGCACGAAAAAUCAAAUGUCGAAGGCGGCCUCAGCAACUGUUUUUGGGAUGGAGGAGUCGCAUAACGGCCCUAGCUUCAUCGAGGUGGAGGAGAAACCGAAAUCACACGUUGUCGGAGAAAGCCAACACCUGGUCCAGCAGCGGGAGGUGCGACAUCCCGAGGAGGAAGAAUCAUGUGGUCAACUAGGACAAGGAAUUGACACGGUUUCGAUGAUGCAUCCCCUGGAGCAGCCGCCAGUACAUGAGUUUGCUCCCAAACUGACGCGUCGUCAGAGGGCUAUUCUCGAAAAAAAGUCGUCCUUACGGAACGAGCAUAUCUUGCAGCACUUCUAUGCGGGAGGAGGUCCGUCGUUCUUCGAGUUCGACCAGCAAGCACAAGCACAUGCGCAAGACCAGUUGCAAAUGCAAAAGCAGGAAGAAGAUGGGGACAUCUCCGUUUCAUCCGGUGUCCAAGAAAAACUCGGAGAUUCUGGCGUGAGCAGUUGCAGUGGAAUGGAGAUCGAUCAUGAAGAUGAUGAAGCAAUACAGGCUAAAAACAGUGAUGGGACGGAACAAGCCCACGUAAAAAAACAUCAAACACUGCUCGCCAGAGGCCAUUACGCGCGCGCUCUUCCACACGAUCAGCCCUCGCCCUCGCGUUCGAGCAGAAGCCACUCCGGCAAGCCCUCCGACGGGCGAAAUCCCCCCACUCUGCAGGGUCGAAGGAAACGAAGUAGAAGUAGGGCUAGAGAGCGUUCGAAACUACAGGAGAACGUUAACAGGGAGAAACAGCACGCCGGUGCAAAACUGCAAGCGGAUGUAGAAGAUAGACAAGGAGAAGGACCACGUGCUGCCGAUCCUCGUUCGUCUUGUGGUGGGAGAAGCGUGGAUCGUGGCGAAGAUCCCAACAAACGGGAAGUGGAUGAAGCAGAUCAAGACGACGAUGUUGACGAAGACAAAAGAAAAGGAAACAAAGAACUCCUCAACUGUCGAGUGGAAUUGACAGAGCAUUUUGUUGAUGCCUUUCGGCAGUACGUCGAAAAUCUGCCUGCCGACAGGCUUGUCUUAAGGCUUCUCCCAAUCAAUAUCGUGGUUGAAGCAUGAUAGAUCUUAGACGAGUUUGAAGAUUACAUGUUCUGUGAAAAGCAGGAGGAAUAGUAUGUGUCUUUGUAUGAAGAUGGACAUGGAUUUUGAUUGUGCCUUCUAAUUCGGACCGCGUUGCGUCCCGUUGCGUUAUUUCUCUCGGAGAACCUCGAGGCUGCGGAUAAGGAGAAACUAAACUCGCUGCUCGCAGACUUUUCCAAAGUACAAGAGCGGGAGAGCUCCCAAGUCACAGUCAAAACGAAUGGCGCGAGCAUGCCAGGAAAACCCACCAAGCAAGACAAUCGCAAUUUACGGAGCAAAAUUUCUCUUCAGGAAGAAGCUACAAACCAGGUAACGAAAGAACAGCGUGCUUCUGUUAAAGGCGACGAGGGUGCGGCGGCAAAAGACAACUCUGAGACGAAAGGUAUUUUUAGGCAGAAGCGGGAACAGGGCAGGAACAGGAAGCGUGUUACAACUCGUAGAAGAAGGAUGGACAUGGAAGACGCAGAGCAGGCGAACACCAAGAAAUCAGUUGAAGAAGAGGAGGAGGAGAACGGGAGCCAUCAUGAAGACAUCAAUAGUACAGACGAGGACGACGCUGAUGCUGCGCCUGUACGCAAAGCCAAACAGCAAAUGAUUUUUGAGCAGCGCAUGGCGAGCACGAAAACAAGAGCAGCAUCGAGUCGGGAUGGUGGAGAGGGAGAGCAACAUUAUGCCAGGGAAAUAAUCGUGGAGGAUACCGAGAAGAACGACAAAACAUCAUCUUAUGACAUGAAAAUGAGCUCAGCAACCUCGUCGAAGAGGAUACAUAGCAGGGACGUAGCUCCCUCGAAAAUGCAAUCUACUGCAUCGACCAGAAGCAAGCACUGCGAAAGCGAAGUUCCUGUAGCUGCCAGCGAAGUCGAAAUUGAGAGGUCGUCUUCUUCUUCAGAGGGCGAAGAAAUGCUGAGUCCUCGUAAGAGCCCGAGUGCAGGCAUCGCUGGAAGUAUUCCGCCCAAGGGACCUGUGCUUCCGCCUCAAUCGCAUCAAACACUGCCAGCAGCUCCCGCAGCUUCGUCCUCAUCUUCAACCUCAACGUACGCGUCAAAGCCCCAUGCGGCGCAUGCGCGUGAGUACCUGGGUCGGCCACGGCCGUCAUCGGAUAAGGUAAAGGCAGGAGGAGCGUAUUCCACCUCGAGGAGCGAACAGGACCAAAAUGGCGCCGCGGAAAAUAGAGGUAACAAGCAGGACAUCGCGUAUGGUGUUGAACACACGAGUGCCCACCAAGACACGCACCAACAUCACCAAAGCACCUCAUCAUGGCAGCAUCCCUUCCUGUCUCCUUUGAAGCAGACUGGUCCAGCUUCGUCGAUUUUCCCAUCUUCAGCGUCAGCCAGUACUUCUGCUACAUCCAAGAAUGUGUACGACAGCCACAACAGAAACAAUCAACAACCGGCGCCACAGGAUGUUGACGAGGCUUGGCGUCAGAUGGUGUUGCACAUCGAAUCCGUUUGUCUCGCCGCGCGUUGUGGCACGGCCACGUCGUCAGAUGUCCGGAAGGCAACCGCGAUGAUGCACCCAGAUAUGCUGCGGCGCAAGCUCCCAGACCUAGCCCCAGAGCGCAUCAAGCAGCUGGAGAAAUAUCGCGAGAGGCUCGACAACUGUGCGGUAGUUGCAAAUAAUUCUAGUAGAAGUAGUACCUCAAAUGUUCAACAUUAUUUCCACCAUACAUCAGCCCCAACUGGACAUAUAGUACCAGGGGGGGUGCCAGUAGCACACUCACAACCCGGAUCUUCAUUAGGGCUUCAUCAAAUACACGCGGCACAGCACGCAGCUGCUGCAGCGGCCGGUUUUUUUAGCAACAUAAACAUGAUGAAUGGCAACAGCCACAGCUUCGGUCAAUAUGUCAACAAUAUCAACGACAUCAAUUUUACGUCUGCUAGCGCUGGAUUACCAGGACCAUCACCGAACAACUUCCACCAGCCGCAGCCCCGUAUAAACAUGAUGACAAAGAACAUGAGCAAUAUGAACAGCGCCAACGUCUUCCUUCAGCAGCAAGCGGUGAUGAUGAACUUGACAUUGAAUGUCCGCUACGAGGUACGAACUCUCGGCGACGGGGACGUCUUGCUUCGUCUGGAGUGGCAGCUACCACAACCAGCAGCAUUAUGAUCAAUCACAACCAUUGGUAGAAUGAAUACUUAAAUGGAGGAAUGCGAAUGUUGUAGUUUUUCGAUUUUGUUGCAACAAAAUAAACGUUUUACGAGUACAACAUAAAGAACAUCAUUUCUAUUUCUUCAUCUAGCACUUGACAAUUAGAAACUGUUUUGAUUAUCCUGCUGAUAGCUGAAAACAAAAGAACUCUCUGAGGCGCAAAAAUCAUGACGAUGAUGAAAAUCAAAUUGAGCAAGGCAAAGAGAAAGAUGCUUGUAAAGAUGGCAAAGCGGUAGCUCUAAGACCAGGGCAAACAGUGGAAGACAUUUUCCCAGUUCAUGUCUACAGGAUCGCGUUGGUGGUGGACGAAAAUCUCGAACUUCCAUUCACAGUCGAGGCCACGGAGUUCAAUGUUAAGGCUAAAGGUAUCCGUGUCGAUCCUCGUCAGCAUGAUAUCCAUCCUUUCUAUGUAUUCACAACUGUCGAAUUUCAGUUUUCCGCAACUUUAUUCGACAUUUUCGUCGCUCGUCAGUCAUUUCAAAUACAAGAACACUGGCUGUUGUCAUAUCAGCUAUUAUAAAAGGAUGAUCUUUUAUAAAGACGACAACAACUACUACGACCGUCGAAGCCAUUCAUUGUCUAACCAGUUCUUGGGUUCAUAUAAUCCUACCACGUAUUCUAUGCCUGCUCAUGCAGUAUUUUGGACAUUUUGAUGCUUACGGGCUCGGGCUUAUACUAAUAGUAUGAUUUUUAAUAGCUUUAGUUCUGCCUAAGAGUUCUGCUGAUACUGAUGGUGAUCGUGAUGAUCGUAGUUCUAACAAUAUCGAAGAGCAAAAGCGAGAGACGGUGACUUGCUGGAGCUGUCGGGCGAGCGAUUUUACGAAAGAUAUCCAAGACAAAUUUCUUACUGAAAGCGACGUGAUAGCAGUUCUCUUCGAAGCAGAGGACAAGCACGGUCGACGAAUUGGAAGAAGACAACGUUUGAGAGUGCCACUUCAAAUGGCAACCACAUGAUGAUAUUCAGAUUGAAGGAGAGGGAGUGUAGUUUUCAUUUUCUUCCGUUUUUCUUUCGUAAGUACGUCAGCUUAAAGUGAUUCAAGCCUGUCCGUACUGAUGUUCUAGUAACUUUCGCUUACAGUAUGUAGUCAUACAACUCCUUGUAGUUCUUCUAGUUCUAACAGUACCAUUGUUAGUUUUGUUAGGAUUUUUGUCCACGACUAUUUUCUGAAUUCGAUGUUAAUGUAGUCAUUGUCAACAAGAACAGGUCCUCCUCCGGUAUUUUCACUCGCCGUACCUAAAAAGAUAGCACCACCCUAAAUGGAAGAUUUUAUAUGCCUUCGUUUUUUUCGCGGAUAGUGACAAGGCAAGCAACGGUAAAAAAGUCACGCCGGCUAUGUUGCCAUCGAAAUCGAAUGUGAACUUCGUCCUUCAAUAUAACCGAUAUCUUUGCAUAAUAACUAACUUCUUGUAGCGAAAAAUUAUUUUUAUUGAGAUAAUUGCACGGAAAAUGAUUGCGCUGCUGCUCGAUUCAUCAAUCUAGCACAAGACCCAAUUCAUCUACGAAGUAAUAGAGAUGAUCGUUGACGUUGUACAUGUUCGGCGCUUUAUUUUGUUUUUUAUUCCACGACGGCACCACCCAGAGCCAGACCUAGCGGUCGUAGAGGAGAAGGAUUCGAAGCUCGUGUGAUGAUGAUCGCCGACCUGCAUGAUCAUGACGAUCAAACGCCAGAAAAAUAUCGUAGUGCUAGUGGAGGCAGUAACAUCCAAAUAAGUUGUAAGUCCUCUCGCGCGCGGCCGUUUUGUGGUUAGGUAUC